GAGAAAAAGACACACACAAAGGCAUAAAGCUAUUUCAAUGAAGUCCAGAGCAAGUUGAGGUCCAAUCAUGGAAUAGAAAUGUCUUCUUAGUUCUUAUUAUAAAUUAUCUGUGCUACACUCCUCUCCCCACACUUCAGAGUAACCAGAGCACACAGAGAGAGAGAGAGAGAGCGACCGAAAUUGCACAUUCACAGUUUCUCUACGAUCGCAAAUCAGAUGACUAUCACUUCUUCUCAGGUGACGAGCGCAAACGACAUGGGAAACCCAGGUUUCAGAUUUAAUCCAACUGACGAACAACUAGUCAACUAUUACUUGCGCUAUAAGAUCUGUGGCAAUGAUAACGAAGUCUCUGCAAUUGGAGAGAUUGAUAAUAUCUGCAAUUACGAGCGGUGGGAUUUACCCAUGCUGGCGGCGAUACCAUCGCAGGAUACAUGGUAUUUCUUUUCUCCUCCAGAUCGUAAGUAUAGAAAGAGUGGGAAUAAUAACAGGGUAACAAGGGCCGGUUUCUGGAAAGUUACCGGGAAGAAACGUGAGAUUAAGAACAGAAGGAACCAAGUCAUCGGUUUCAAGAGCACUUUGGUUUUCUACAGAGGUCGUCUGCGUGACCCAGCCUGGACUAACUGGACUAUACACGAGUAUCAGCUGAAUUCCUCUUGUUUCAAUGGGAGGGAUUAUAUCAUCUCCCGCUUGCAUCGAAAACAACGCAGAAGGGCUGUCAAUUCAGUGGUUGAUGAAGUUGAAAAUACUCUUGCGGAUAUGACAUUGGCAGAUGUAUGAAAAUACUCUUGCGGUUUUCUUGUGAACCCACUUUCUUGUGUCAUGGAUGACAUGGUAUCGCGUGGCAUCAUGGUCAUUCCCUUCAAUUCAGAUUGAUGCUUUUGAGUGUUAUGAGUUGUGUAUCUGGUAGUACUGGUUUUAUUUAGGGUUAAUAGAUUUGCUCUAUGUAAUUUCACUAUUAUGUGUGCUUUAUUUCCUAGAAUGUAUAAAGGAAAUUCCUCUCUUAUUGUAGUUCCAGUUGGCUUGUUUAUGCUGUCAAUGCUAAUUGCCUCUUCGAAUUA